AUAGAAUUAUAGAACAUAUGUUGAUUUAAAAUAAUUUAUAAUAUUAAUUAAAAAUCUCAAUAAGUUCCUGAGUUUUAGAAAUAAACAAAAACAUGAAUUUCUUCAAUGAACUCAUUCAUUAAGAAUAUUUAAUUAUUCAAAGUUUUAUGACUAUAAUAAAAUAAUUUGUUAGAAACUCCCUUUUUACAGUGUAUUGAUAAAAAUAGUCACAAUUUCUAUAUAAUUGGCACUGAAAAUAAUUAUAAAUUAUAGUCUUUGUGAUAAAUUAAAAUUUAACUUAAUUAUAAUCAUAUUUAAAUUAUUAUAAUUGCAACUAUUUUUUGUUCAUGUAACGUACUGUAAUGUAUUACUGUAUUAUUAUAGCUAUAAUUACAUUAUAGCAGUAAUAAAAAUCCUUCUUUAUGUAUAACCAUAAUUUUCACAUUUAAUUAUAUUUUUUUCUCAGUAGUAGGUAUGUAAUGAGAUUUUUAAGACCAAAUUCUGUUCAAUAAAAUUCUUAUAAAAUUCUAUUCAAUAUUCAUAAGAUGUUAAAAUUUCAGCCUUUCAAUUUGAAGCUUAUAAUUUAUUGAAUCAAUUAUUUUCUACUCGAGUGAUUUUAUCAUUUAUUCUGUCCGAAAUGUAUCUUUAUUAGUGGUCAGAAUGAUGUGUUGUGAGGAUUUGACACACAUAUGGGAGGGGUAAAGGAAGAGGGGGAAAUGUGUACCGGUGAAGGAAGUUAAUUCAGUGCGUCUGCGACAGUACCUUCACGAACGAGCGUGACGAUCCACCUCGAUCGAGCAAACGUAUCUUCCAAUCUUCUCUGCGACGCGUGUUCGUUCCGUAAAGAGAAAAGAAGUAUCCAGAUACUGUGCGUGUUAUCUCGAGCCACGAUACGAGUUGUAUUAUUUGAUCCUUUUGAUUAUCGCGGGCGGCUGCACGCGCACCAACGUGCAGGAACGGCAGAUAAUUUCUGUUUUAGUAAACCUAGUAAACAUGAACACAGAUCAUGUCUACGCACUAAGGAACAGGGGCAUCGAGUCUAAAGUUCUAGUUUGGACAAGAAAAGAUGUCAAGUCAAAUAUGCGGGAAAAUUGCUUUUUGUCAUAUUGAACAGUGAUUCGUUAUGAAUUUAUUACGGAGAUCGAAACCAUUAUGGCUCGCUGCUUUAAUAUUAUUAAUCAUUGUCAAUGCACGAUCACACAACGCUGAGUCGAGCGGAGAGUAUCUUCAGAAGGUGAUGAUCGAGCUCCAGGAAUUAAAUCUGCCAUCGAACAAUCUGAUGAUGUAUGACCGGUUGUCAUCGAUGAAUUUGGGCUAUCGGCAGGCGGGUUACCAUGAUCACAGCCACGAUAACAGGUACCGCAAAAUCAGUACCAAAAAUCAUCAUGACAUACAGAAACCGAGUAUAUCUGCCGAACAUGAAGACAUGGCUCAGUCUACUGCGAACAAUGUAGUGCAAUAUUACGCGGUACGCGAUUCCAUCGCUACCGCGGCCAAUUACCCGAAGGUGAAGCAACCGGAGCCGCUGGCAUUCACGCGAGCGGAGCUGGCCGCGUUAUACAAAAAGGCCUUGGAAAAAGGGUCAGCGAUCAGCUUGGCAUCGUUGACGCAGGCUCUUAAUGCCGCGGGCAGCAAUGGCAACGGCAACACGCCGUCCCAAGCCGGUCAUCCACAGCUACCAGUUAAACCGAUGUAUAACUACUACUUCUUUCCGUUAAAGAGCUUCGCGUCCGAACUGCAGAGGGAUCAUCAGACCGCGAUUGUUCCAAUAUAUGCUGCCACAGAAACCGCAGAAAGCACUCAGAAGCAACUUAUGAAUCCACUUUUUGUGGCGAUUGGCACAUUUGUUAGCAUGGCGCUUUUGUUUAUGAUGGGUGUGCUGUUUUUACCAAAACUGCCGCAAUUAGGACUUUUCAACGCGCGAGUGGCCGAUAACGACGAUUUUUUGCGUCUAACAACUCUUAUGAUAAAUGCCAUAGAACGUAAUCGCUGGCAGAAUUUCACAACCAGUUAAGAGAAUGAAAUUAUAAAUCCAACGUACAUUGCUAUUCAAUAAUGCCUGGACUUGUAUUUUUACCAUUGAUUAUCUCAUCUAUACGGCAUCUUAUAACUUUGGACAAAAGAGUCAUGUUAUAGGCCGGUAUUCAUAGUGUCUAGAAGCCUCUUGAAUAUAAAUAAACUUCCAGACCAUAAUUUCAGAUUCUAGAGAUGACGAACUAAGUCAUAUCAAGUUAAAGUUGCCGAAAGUAUAUUUUGUGGUCAACAAAAUAUAUCGCAAAAAUGCUAUUUUCAGCAUUAUGAAAUUGAUUUAUUCAUUUAAUUUAUAAGUUAGUUAUAUAGAAUUUUGUACUGAAUGAUUAUUUGGGUUGCUGAUUAUGAAAAUGACCUGAAAAUGUAAAAUUCAAAAUGGCGGCUACAAAGUAUCGAAUAAAAUUAUUUCAAGAAUAUAAUUCCGAAUUUUUAAAUCGAAAACUAUGCAUUUUAGCGAAAAAUCGAAAGAUCUUUUUCAUUACAAAUUUUGUGAAGAAUAUAGCUAUAUUUUUUAAUCCCCGAAUUUUGAAUUUUUAUGUUUGACAUCCGCCAUAUUGGGUCCGCCAUUUUAAAUUUUUAAAUUCUGACCUCGGAUUUGGUUUUAGCAUAAUCUAAAACAUACAUAUGCGACAAGAUUUAUCGGACAUAAUUCCUAGAAAAAAUGCCCUUUAAAGGGUUAAGACAUUACUUGAGACGGUCUUUAAAUAAGAUUUGACUAUAAAUACCGUUUAUAGUCUACUAGAAUAAACUGCUUAUGAAGAUAGUGGGGAUAUCCGUCACUGAAAAAAGGAUAACUGUCAUUAACCCUUUGCAUUCCUAUGUCGAGUGUGACUCGACAUCAGCAAGAGAUAUCAUACACUUGAAAAUUACAAAAUACAACAACAGUGUAAAUAAAACUGACAUUUAAUUAAAUUUGUUGAAAUAUAAUUCGGAGUGCAAAGGGUUAAUAUGAGUUUCUUUCUAAUGCAGCAGUGUCAGAGAGGGAGCGUGUUACUUUAAUAUAUAACCUGCAUGUAUAAUAACCUAAAAUGUUUCAUGAUGAGAUUUUACGAUUUACAUCGAAAGACAAUAGGCGAGUCGAAAAAAGCAUGCCUGUUAAAAAAUAUGUUCCUUAGGCAAACUUAACGGGAUAACAGAAUCUAUAGAACUACAUAAUUUAUAGCAUUUUCGACUGACUUGGGGUUAAUCACUCCGGGAGCGAUUAACGACGUAGUAAGGCCAAUCACAGCCAUUCUUCUGAAGAAUGGUAUAACUAUGAUUGGCUGGAUCUAGAGAAAAAGAAACCGAGACGGGUUAACUCAGUUCCAGUCGAAAACGCCAUUAGGUAAGAUGUAUAAGGGCUACUUGCACCAAACCCUGAUUAAUUUAAUCGUUGAUUAAAGGGUUACCAAUCGGAGAAUAUAAUCCAGUGUGGCCAAUUGUACCUCUGGUGAUAUCGAGUGAAAAUCAAUUAGUGAAAAUUAAUAAAGCUGAAGUUGGACGACUAAUUCGGAGAUAACUUCACGGAGGUGAUGUCGAGUGAUAUCGCCAGAAAUACGAUUGCUCAUACUGGAUUAUAUUCUCAAUAUGGUCACAAGAUAGUUUAAUCAACGAUUAGGUUAAUCAGAGUUUGGUGCAAGUAGCCUUAAGUCAAUAAAGCAUAACCAGUACAUCGAUCAUAUACGGAUUCUAAAUUAGGCAUCCAUUUCGUCAGGUACCCUUUUUGACAUGUCACGAAUAUAUUAAUUAUUUAAAAAAUACAAAACAGUAUUACAAAAAUUACGAUUUCAUUUGGUAGAAGAUACUUUCUAAUUUAAAUUCGUGUUUUCAAAAGUGUUUUUCUAACCAUUAUUCAAGAAAUAUAGUCCAAAAAUAAAGUCCAAAUUUGGCGCUUCUCUAAUAUAAAAUAAAUGUUAAGUAUCAUUGUGGAGGGAAAUUUUUAUGCUGUUACGAGUAUUAUAGAUAUAAAAUUGCAUUAAUUUAAGAUCGGUAUUGUAUAUAACAAAAGAUAAUAUUUAUUUAGUAUAACAUUAUAAUAUAUUCUUUUAUUCUUAAAAUGCAAUAAAUUUUUGUAUAUACAUAAGUGUCGAAAGUAUUAAUUGUAAAAAUAAUAAACUAGAAAUUAGCUAUAGAAAUAUAUUAAUAAGAACAUAUAUUAAAUAGCACUAAAUAUGAACCUGCAAAUGCAUUGUGCUUUUUUAUUAUAAUGAAUUGUAUAGUAAUAAUGAAGGGUAAUAAUGAAUAAAGUAGAGAUAAAUAAUGCA